GCUGCCGUUCUUGGCAUAAAAAACGAACAGUUCAGUGCAGGCUCUCGAUGCGUAUAGUCAUAUCGUACAUAUUUGUAUUCGGUCCUAGAGACCGACGCGUCUACCCGCGUUUGAGACAUCAAGUGGCUAUUGCAACCAGAAAAUUUAAGCAGAGUGAACUUGGGUGCGGUGUGAAGCUAACAGUCCCCCCCCCCCCCACUUAACCCAACCGGUCCGAACGCGCUGCGACCAGGAGGAGCGGCGGAAAAAAAUGUACAAGUUAGAUGGACAUUGGCUCUCCUUGGGUAGUCAAUUGCAAAUCAUUAGCCAUGGCACUUGUAGAAUUAAUCGGACUUUUCAUUGUUACCCUGAGCAGUCUGUAUAUUUAUUAUAAAUUUGUGAUUUUCAAUUUCUGGCGUAAGAGGGGUGUUUUUUACGUCGAACCCACUGUACCAACUGGAAAUUUAACAGCCUUUGUCAAAAAAAGAAAGCAAAUAGGUGUAUUAUUCCAUGAUGUUUACCAAAAAUAUAAGGAACAUCGCCUUAUUGGAAUGUUUUUAUUUUAUAAGCCAAACUUACUAAUUGCUGACCCCGAACUUAUUAAAAUGGUAUUAACAAAAGAAUUCGUAAGUUUCCACGAUCGUGGAAUGUUCUGCAAUGAAAGAGUUGAACCAUUUUCUGGCAAUUUGUUUUGUUUGUCUGGAAAUAAGUGGCGAAAUCUGCGUAACAAGUUGACACCCACUUUCAGUGUGGGAAAAAUAAAGCAAAUGUUCCCAAUCCUGAUGGAGUGUGGCGAGAAACUCUCAAAAUACUUGGAUUCCAAAGCGCAGAUGAGAGAUUCUGUCGAGAUAAAAGAUAUACUUUCAAGGUAUACAAUAGAUGUAAUCAUGGCAACGGCUUUUGGUAUCAACUCUAAUUGUAUUGAGGAACCUACUAACGAAUAUCGUAUUUACGGACGAAAAAGUUUUAAACCAAUUAGUUCAAUUCGAAUCGCCUUGGGUAUGUUCGUGCCACAAAUUAUGGAUUUCUUUUCUAUUCCCUACCUUGACCGAAAGGUCUACAGAUUUUACAUGAACUUGUUUCGAGAGAAUGUGGAAUACAGACAAACUCAUAACAUCGUAAGAAAAGACUUUAUGAAUCUGCUCAUGCAACUCAUGGAGAAAGGCUAUGUUGAUCCUGACAAGGAAGGUGACGAGACAACAACUAAUGCAACUUCAACUGUAAGAAAACUUACCAUGACAGAGGCAGCAGCGCAAAGUCAUUUCUUCUUCGCAGCUGGUAGCGAAUCUUCUUCGACGACAAUAACAUUCGCCCUGUAUGAAUUGACUCAACAUCAAGAUAUACAAGACAAAGUUUGCAAAGAAAUCGAUGAAAUGUUAGCGAAACAUGGUGGUCUGACAUAUGAUGCUGUGAAUGAAAUGACUUAUCUUCACAAAGUGGUAUAUGAAACUAUGAGAAAAUAUCCACCUCUUCCAUUGUUAAAUCGCAUUUGUACUAAAGAAACAGACAUACCAACAAUGAACCUACGCCUACCGAAGGGAACUUUAAUCUCUAUACCAGUGCUUGGGUUGCAUCGAGAUCCAUCAAUAUAUCCAGAUCCAGAUAAAUUUGAUCCAGAACGAUUCAAUGAGAACGUGGUAGCAGAAAGACAUCCUUAUGCUUAUUUACCUUUCGGAGAAGGUCCCCGAAUGUGCCUCGGCGCACUAUUUGGCUACUUGCAAACAAAAGUCGCACUCGUGAGUCUGUUGUCGAAGUACAAAUUCACCCUUCACCCCCAGACUCAGGUCCCGCUUAAUUUUCGCGAGAUGAGCAUUCUUCUUUGGGUAAAAGGUGGCGUACACUUGAUUAUUGAAACACGAGAAAAUAAUUACGUUGUCACGUGAACCAGAAAUAUUUGUAUUUGUCAGUUACUGUUAAAAUAUGUUAAUAGAAUUAAUGUGUUUUAAUAUUCGUUAUAUUGCCCUUUUUACAUCGUGUAUUUGAUACGCGUAUCAAGUACUAUAUUCGUACCAAAUAAUUAAGUACGCACGAUGUAAACGCUGCCGGAUCAACUUGGUACGAGCAUAUCAAAUAGGAGUAUCGUACUAAACUGAUACGCGUAUCAAAUGAUACAAAUGACGAUGUAAACGCAUGAAACGCAUUUUGUCCGUUUUAUACUUUUAUUACCUGUAAAGUCGUCAACUGUAACAUUCGUCGUUUCGCGAGGCAGACCGCCGCAUUUUUUGUCAGAUUGUUUCGUUUUGUGUCAAAAUUACAUUAAAAUGUCAUGUAAAAAAGGAUUCAAUUGGAAAGAAGAAGAAACACGAAUAUUUUUAGAGUUAUGCACGGAGAAGCAGAUUAUGAGACAAUCGACAUGAAUUAAAUUCGUAUUAUUUUUUCCGGUUGGUACACUCGAUGUGAUUCGAUGUAAACGCACACGUAUUAAAGCAUUGGUGCGCACUAAACUUAAUACGCGUACUAACGUUUUGACGAUGUAAACUAGGCCAUUGUAAUUAUGCACUACAUACGGGUGAAGGAAUCAAAUUAUAUUUAUAUUUUUAAA